AUGGAUCAUAGAUUUGACUACUCACACAGUGGUGAGAAAAAGCCUUCUAUUCGUGAGGAUUUAACCGGAGAUGAUUUCCAGGAAAAUUAGAUAAUUAAUGAGGAUGAGGUAAGCGAAAAGCACUUAAAUUUCUACCUUGUGACAAAUAAGUCAGAUCUAAUUAAGACAAACUUCAAACUAAAUCUAAAGAACGUAAACUCAUAAAAGAAGCCUAUCAAGAUGGAUAGACUAGAUGAAAACAUCUUUUAUGCCAGAGUAAAGUUCACCGAAGGAGACCUUAUUUACAUGAACGAACUCAAAUAUUCAUACAGUAAGUUUGAGGCGGCAGAAGAUUUGGCUGAGACCGAAGAAUCUGAGCAAGAGAGAUCAAAGGCUAAGAAAUUUAUGGGGCUAAGCACCUUGUUCGAUAUUUACUAAAGCAAAAAAAAUUAUUUGCCCUAGAUGAACCCUAAGAAGGAGUACUAUGACAUAAUACUAAAGUUCUUCAUCACAAAUUUUGAUAAGACUGACAGACAUUUCGGGAGACCAACCAUUUUCUAAGAAUAUUUGGAAUUCUUUAUCUGUGAGGGCAACAACAGUUUCCCUUACAGUCAGACAUUUAAGAUCAUGACUGCUGAGUAUAUCUCUAAGUCAGAUAAUAUUGGACUAAAUAUAUACAUUCUAGAGCUAUUCUCUUACCUUGAUAAGAAAAAGAUCAAAUAGAAAACUGAUCACUAUAGAUAACUACUACAAAGAAUGCUUGAUCUUCCAUUUGGAUACAUGAGAUAGAUGAUUUUAGAUACAAAAGAUUAGCCAAACCAUCAAGUUAUAUUACGUGGUUUCCAAAUUUUAAUUCAAUUUGAGCCACUUCUUGGUAUGGAAAUGCUAGACAGUAUGCAUGUCAUUAUAGACAAGUAAAUUUACCUUAAGAGCCUUAAUUUUGUAAAAGAAGAUGUAAAGUUUGCCAAAUACAAGGACAAUAUCAAAAUUGCUAAAACCAAGAGUCUCUACGAAGAAAAUGUCAUUCAACUAUUGAUUGCAUAUGCAUUUAACGAGAGUAAAUCAUUUGAAGCACUACUAUAGAAUGUCGAAGAGAUGGGAAGAUAUACUACAGGCGACACAAUCCUAACAUCAACAAGAGAACUAAAGGCUAGGUUAAGAGUAAAAUACUUGCAAUAAAUAGUUUACAUUCAAUAAAACUAGUUUCUUCAGGCAAACUUCAAAAUUUUGAUUAUUAAGGCUGUUGAAACCUUAAGCAAGAAGAAAAAGUUAGCCUUUAAGGAUAUUAGAAAAAUAUUGACUCUUAAUUUCUACAACAAUUCUAACGACUGCAAGAAUAUACCGGAAUAAUUCUAGGUAUUCAGUUAAUUCAUAGACCUAGUUUAGGAACCAAUAUUUAAUAAAGUAGAUCAGUUUAAUAUCAACGGACAACUUGGUGACUUCAAAAAGCAUUUACAAGUCAUAUUCUCAACAUCAUAUCCAAUCAAAUGGUAGCUUGAAUCCUUACUAAAAGUAAGACCUCAAUAUCAAAACGAUCCUUUUAAGACCCAGCAAUUCACAGAAGUUAUAAUAGAGGAACUAAGAAUGAUUCCGCUGAUAGAAAGCAGAAUUAUCAAAACUAUAUUCAAAGUAAUGUUUCCAGAUUUCAAACUAGUUUUUCCAGAAUUCAGAGCUAUUGGAGAUAUAUCAAUGAAUAUGCUGAAUAAACUUUAUGAAAAAGAAAAGAGAAACAUCUAUGAGGAUGAGGUCAUUUAUUAUGCAAUGAAGAUAGCACAAACUUAUGGUUCUAAUGACUUCUUAGACAAAUUAAAAAUUGAAGUAUUGGAAUGCAUAUAAAAAAUGAAAGAUAGAACAAUAACACUGAGGGAAAUUAAUUAGACUAUUGUAACAAGAAAGAAAAAUUUCUAAAAAAUUAUUUAACUAUAUGAGCCAGAAUUCGACCUAAACAUCAUAGAGGAGUUGGGAAAGACUAAUGAGAUAUUCUAACUACAAGUCAAAAAGUAUUAAAACUUCCUCAACUGGGCUUCAAAAUCUUCUUUGUCGUUCUAAAAGAGAUUAUAUAAGUAAAAUCUGCUGAGAAUUUAAAGUAGCGAGAAACUUGAGGCCAGAAAAGCAACUUCUGAAGAGCACUGGAUAUUCUUUUAAGACUUCAAAAAUGUUGACAAAUACUUUAUCUUCCGAGAAUCCGUUGUAUUUGAGAACCUGUUUCAUCAAAUGCCUGAAGAAAUGGGAAAACUGGCUCUCUAGUUAGAAGAGACCAAAGACAUUGAAACUGGAAAAUAUCAUAAGUCUAUGGAAUAAUUUGAUUUCCUAUCAUCGGAAAUUCUCUUCAAGAAACUUUGCAAAAACCAUUUUAGAAACCUCAGUUCAUAUCCAAGUGAAGUAGUCAAUUAGCAAAAUCUAUAAAGAUACUGGAAAAAUGUUAGUAUGGAAUAGGUUGACAAGGAACUAGAGAUAAUCAAAUCAUAUCUUAUUUAGUAUGAAGGUUAUCCAAAUGAAGAAAUGUUCAAUCAAAAGUUAGUUGAUGAUAUUAAGACCUAUUCGAAUCAAAAAAACAUUUACAAGAACUCAAAUAUUUUCAUUCAGCUUUAGACCUACGCCUCUAAAAUUCUAAACUUUGAUUAUGAGAAAAGUGAGACUUAUCAGAACCUUCAAAACUUCCUUUUAGUUGUUGAAGAAAAUUACCCAGAUGAAAACCUAAGUAAUUUGGCAAAGAAGAUAAGAGAUAUAGAAGAAGUAUUUAGGAAACUAAUUAAAGACUAAGAUAUUAACUGGGAUCACUUAGAGGAAUACAGAAGAAAUAAAGAGGUAUUCGAUUUUUGUGUAUAAAAUGUUGGAUUCGACUUCAACACACUUUAUGAGCACCUUGAUGAAUACUCUUUUCUAAAUAACAAAACUAUAGAGAAUAUUGGUGCAGUUUCCAACUUUUUCUUAUCUGUUUUGGAAAUUUUGCUCAGUAAUAAGAUAAAUGACUAUGAAAGCAUGCUAGAGAUGCUCUCAUAGAAAUUGGAAAAAGAGAUUAAGACAGAUCCUGACUUUAAAUAGAAACUUAUGAACUGUAAUGCAAAUCUUUCAGCCAUCAAGUAGAUAUCGUCUUCAUCAAAGAAUGCCUCAGAAAAUACUCUUUAAAUAAUUGAACAGGCUCUUGAGAAAGGAACAUUUAUUUGGGAGAAAAAAAAUACUAAGUUUGAUUUUAAACUUGAAAUUGUCAUCGAGAGAGAGAAACAUAGCAUCGAUGAGUUCUCAACUCUUGCUAAUAGCCAGAAUUUGUCUGAGCAAAAUACUUAGAUAACCAAAUUAGAGUAUGAUAAAGAAAAGAUUUUUCAACAUUCUAGCAGGGCAAAGCUGUACAUUCACUCUAAGAAAUCAAAUCCAUCUAAGCAAUAAAAGGUGCAAGAAAAUGAUAACAUAUUCGUGAAAGCAGUAGAUCUAAGCAAAGAUAUCAAUAAUGUGCUUUAGUAACUCUAUCAAUAUGGACACAUAGACUAUUAAAACGAUAACUAGGAAUACAUAAGUAUUAAGAUUACUAAAGAUGAAAUUGUUCAAAAUCUGCAAAAAAUUUACAAUGAUAGAGUAAAAGAAUUCAAUUAGUGGAAGAGAUAAUUAAGUCAAUACAGAAAUAAUUACUAUUUUUUGAACUAUGUUCCUAAUCACUUGGUAGCAUCAUUGAUUUUGAUAUCCAACUAAUAAAAAAUAAACCAAAAAGAUUUUGAUAAAGUCCUAGAUAAACUUAUCAGAUAUAAGAUAUUUAAAAAACCAAUUACUUUAGCAGAAGGCACCUCAAGAUUGCAAUAAAUGCAGUUAAGAUGGAACGAGGAAAAAAAUAUUUAUAGUGAUGCAGAUGAGAAUGCCUUUGAACAUUAGGAUUUUAACUACUCUUUGCAAUCAGGGAAAGCACUUUAUAAACUAGUUUCUGAUGAUUUACAACUGAUUAAAGCUGUUAUGUCCAUUUUCGCUAUUGGUAAAAUUUUGCCUGUAUUUGAUAGGCUUUUAUUUUGUAAUGAAGAUACUUAGUACAGUGAAGUGGAGACAUUUAUUAACAGAUCAAUCAUGUUUCCAAACUCUAAGAAAUCUCUUAAGCCAUUUAUUAUAGUAAACUUCUAGAAAUUGCCAUUCAUAAUUUAAUACGAAAUAUAUGAUUUCCUACAAAAAUAUUAAGGUUAAUCAAAUUAAUAAGAAAUUAAUAACUUCACACUCUACAUAUUAUGCGUAUGCGUCCCAAGAUAACCAGUGAGGCUCAUAGAAAUAUUAAGAAGUUAACCACCUUUCUAAUAAUUUGUCAAAGAAGAGAUAAUGAUUGAAAUGUUCAAGAAGUACUCUAAGAUAAAAAUAGUUAAAACUUAGUCAUGUGGGCUUGGAAAAACAGAACUAAUUAAAAGCUAGGCAAAAAAACUUAACUGUAAAAUCUUAAGAAUACCCAUAUAUGGAGAACUUAGCAGGAAGAAAUUAAUUCAGUUGCACUAGCGAAAUAUGAGUAUUUUAGGAUCCUCUCCAAACAUAUGCAUUCAUUAUGAUGUCUAUCCUUCCACUAAACUAGACUUAAAUGAAAUAUUAUUUGAGAUUCUAAUCUUAGGUUGCGUAAAUGAUCAUUUCUAAAAAAUAUAUAAAAUACCUGAACAUGAAAGAAUUUUCGUUGAAAUAAGUCAAAGUUUAAAUGAGUAGUACUACAAAUUUUUCCUAAGUGGAAACAUAAAGUCAAUAGAAUACAAAUGGGAUUUUGCAGGAAUUAAGGUCAAGCCUACCAGAGAGGAUAAAUACUAGAAAGUAUGUAGAUAUCUGCUAGCUCUUCAAACCAAAACAUCUAAAUAUUGUUUGGAGGAAUUAAAGGACCCCAAAACUUUCCUAUAGGAUAUGGAUUGCCAUAUUGUAUUGAGGAAUAACUUUUCGAAAAAGUUAAAAAAUCAAAACUACUACUUUGUGAAUUCUUUUGUGGACUUUGUAUGUGAUUAAUUAGUUAGACUUGAAAACAGCGAUUUCUUCACAUAAGACAAUUUAGAGAGAUAAAUGUCAGGCUUCUUAGGAAUUGGAAUCGCUAAAAAGGCUAAGAAAUUUCAUAAAGAAAUUGUUAAUCAAUUGAUUGAGCUCUCAUAAAGAAUAUCGAUCGUAGAAAAGUAUAGUGAUAGCUAUGAAAUACAAUAGAAUUUAGAGAGAAAAGUUACUGAGGAGGAACAGGCUAAUAGAUUCAGAGAUUUAGAAUGGGAUGUAUUUAAUAACCCCUUCAUAGUCUUCAAUGAUAGUGGCACAAUUACUCCGAUUUACAAAAAUAUUCAGGUGAUUCCAGAAGCCAUUAAGGAGUACAAUAGGAGGAUAAAUAAGUUUAAUAAGGAUGCUUAGGAAUACAAGUUAUACGAUGAAUUCACAUAGGAUGAAUUUGUUGAGAAAAUUCUUGAAAUCUGUGUAAAUGAUGCAAGAAAAGAAAAGCUUAGAAAAUCUAAGGAACUUAAGAGCUUAGUAUUUACUUUGGAUAACUUUAUGAAGUUAGUACUUAUCUAUCUUAGAAUUAGAGCUUAUAUGCCAAUAGUAUUAAUGGGUGAAACUGGAGUUGGAAAAACCUCUCUUGUUGAAUAUCUGGCAAAAAUUAUAGAUGCUGAAUUUUUAGUCUUAAAUUUGCAUGCAGGAGUCCAAGAAAUUGAAAUUAUAAGAUUUGUAAAAAAUGCUCAGUAUACUGCUCUCAACCAAGAACAUAUCAGACCACAGGGCUUGAAAGAUGAAGAGUAUGAAUCUUUGCUUAGAAUGGAAAGAUCAAGCAGUAUGCAAGAUGGAUAUUCUUCUCAAAAGAUACUGAAAAAGAGAAAAGUCAUUUUAUUCUUUGAUGAAAUUAAUACCAAUGAAAAUAUUAACGGGCUUUUAAAGGAAGUAUUUAUUGAUCGCCACUUAAAUGGAAUCCCCUUAGAAGUGAAUAUCUGCUUAGUGGCUGCUUGCAAUCCAUUCAAAUUGAGAAAGAAGGAAAUAAGUGGAAUGACAUCUGGCUUAAAAGUAAGCGAAAGAGACUAGACGAUGUCAAAACUUGUGUAUCGAGUUUUGCCUUUACCAGAGAGUCUGGUUCCUUUUAUUUGGGACUAUAAAUCACUCAAUAAAACUGAAGAAAUUAAAUAUAUUACCAAGAUGAUCGAGAAAACAUAUGAUAAGGCAGCAAUCUUCGGAGAAGGUAUAAAUUCAGUACACUUAUGGGCAGGAAAUAAGCAGCAAGUUCAGGUAUAAUAAAAAAUCCUUGAAUCGCACAAUGGUGAGAUAAAAAAGAUCUCUGCUACAGUCUUAUUAGCUUAGAACAUUAUUAAAGAUUAAGAGGAGAGUUGGGCAGUGAGUCUUAGAGAUGUCUCUAGAUUUAGUAAGCUCUUUAUCUACUUCUCAAAAAACAACUGCAACCAAGAUGAACUUCAGAGUCCAGGAAAUAAGAGAUUCUCAAGAUAAUUGCAAAAGUACAAUAACAGAGAGAUAGCCUUAGUUUUAGCUAUUUACUUCUGCUAUGUCAUAAGGAUUUCAGAUUAAGAUAAAAGGAAGUAAUUUAUUGAGAAAAUAAGCAACGAUCUUGGAAGCUAAGCCUUACCUUGCUUGCUCCCUUAGAAUUUUACAUAAAUUGUAUUGAAGGAGUAAAACAGAUUCUUAGAUUAAAUGGAGAUUAAAGCUGGAAUUGGAAGAUCAUAGACUUUACUCGAGAACAUUUUUGUCAUUAUCACUUGUAUACUGAAUGAUAUACCUCUGAUUAUAACUGGUAAACCUGGUAGUUCAAAAACUCUUGCUAUGAAUCUGAUUUUGAAAUCAUUUAGAGGUAACUUAUCAAGCAAUGCGUUUUUCAAGAAAUUCCCUGCUUUUGUUCCAUUCUAUUACUAAGGCUCUGAAUAAACUACAUCAAAAGCUAUUGAAAAAAUCUAUAAGAAAGCUUAAAAAGCUGGAGAAAAGAUGAAGGGGGAGAAUAGAAAGGCUGUGGUAAUAUUCGAUGAAAUUGGUCUAGCUGAGAGAUCCUUUGCUUGA